AUGCCGUAUUAUUCAGAGAACGCAAAAGGUUUCGCAAUCUCGUUCCAAAAUCGGAAUUCAAUUUUCGCUUUAGUUCCGUUGUUGAUUAUUUCACUUUCUUGGUUCCAAUCAGAGAAGAAGCACAAAACUAUGGCAGAAGAGAAAGAUUGUAGCAAAAGUUCCAACCUUUCUUCACCCAUGGCGGAAACCCCAACCAGGCCGGUCCUUUGUCUCAAAAAGAAAGAAGAUAUCAAACUUUAUGAGGAAACCGAGGAAAUUUUCAUCUUAGAAUUUGACCCAUUUGAAUCCAUUGACUUCUCAAAGCUUUCACUGGAAAACAAGAAUAACGAUGAUGAUGAUGAUGAUGCCUCCGAUAUCUCCAUUGUUGCUGAAAAGGGUCAGGUGGCUUGUAGAGAUUAUCCACAUGCAAGACAUUUAUGUGUUAAAUUUCCCUUUAAUACUACAUCUCAUGAGAGUUCUUGUGAAAAGUGUUACUGCUAUGUAUGUGAUUCAGUUGCUCCGUGUAAGUACUGGACUCGGUCUUCAGAUAAAUCGGAUUCACAUUAUGAUGCUCCACAUUGUGAUGCUAAUAGCGACUGGGAGGAGGAGAGGAAUGAGUAUAAACGUUCAAGUGACACAGAGGCUCACUAA